UAGAAAAUGUAAACGGGACGAAACGAGUGUGGGACGAAACGAGAGGGGACGAAACAAGUGUGGGACGAAAUGAGACGGGACGAAACGAGAGCUAAUUAACAAAUACGGGACGAAACGAGAGGAUACCUCGUUUAGAAGUAGAAGAAGAACUUUUUAAGCAAUUUAAUAAAUUUAAGAAGCAUAUUGCUGAGACAGUAUUUGAACCAUUAUUUAGCAAUAAACCAGAAGAAUCGAGAAAAAAAUUUGUUGAAGCUUUAGAAACUAUUUUGAAAGAUCGAUGGGCAUUUUGGUUAGAUGAAGCGAAAGAAAAGAUUGAUGCUGUUGAAACAUCGUAUAAAAAAAAUGCUUUAUUAAAAGAAUACAACAAUUCGUUUAUAAAAGAAUUAACUAAGCUUUUAGAAGGAUGCUCAUUAGAUGAUUUAUUUGAAAAAUUUGUUGAAAAACCAGAAGAAACUAUUCAAAUAGGAAAAGUUUGUCUUUCAGAAAAAGAUUUUGACCUAGCUAAAAAAUGCUUUGAAAAAGGAAUUCAAUGUGGAGAUAUAUCAGGAUUCGCAAAUAUAGGACUGGCAUUUUCUAUAAUUCAAUUAAAUGCGAAAGAAAAUGUUAAAAAACAAUCAAGAAAACAAUUAAAGAAAGUCAUAUAUUCUUUAGAAGCGGUUAAACGAAAUUUAAUGGCAAAUCUUAAAAUUGCCGAGAUUCUUCCUCCAUCCACUGUUGAUGUCUUAAAAACAAUCUCUUCAAAAGAAAAUUAUUAUCAGGAACAGAUUACUGGAAAACUAGAAGUUAUUGGAUUACAUUUACAUUAUUUAAGAAAAGCUGUUGGAGACAUAGUAGAGCCAUAUGAUUUUAUACUACAGACGAACGAGGAGCAAAAAUCAACCAAAGAAAAUGCUGAAAAAGGAGAGAAAUUAUAUGAUCUUUUAGUGCAAGGCGGAAUCAUUUACGGAGAUAGAAUAAGAAAAGCAUUUCGUAAUGAUUCGAAAGAACGAGCAAAUAUGGAAAAUAUUAUCCGAGAUAAUAUUGAUCCUGCGAUUGCUGAUCCAUUAAUUAGUUUAUUAGAAAGACACGAUAACUUUAAAAAAGAAGAUUUUGAAAAAAUCAAUAAAAAAGACUUACCACAGAAAUAUGAAAAUGUUUGGAAAGAAAUACAAGAGACAGUGGACCCAAAACAAGUUGAUAGAUCGAUAUUUGACGGUUCUACAGAGAAAAACAAAUUUAAAGUCUAUUUAGAACAGAACCAAAUACUGACUCAAACUAAACGAAUUAAAAUCGAUGAAUUAAAUUUCAAUUCUUUAAGAUUUGACCAUCAAAAAUACGCAAAAGUUAAAUUUAACGACAAUGGUCAUGAGACAAAGGAUCUGAAAACGUUUUUAAUAGAAUUACAAGAUAGUAUUAAAGAACAUAGUGAAUAUUUUUAUCAGACAGAUUUACCAUAUGGUACAAGAGAAGAGGAAGGAAAUAAAAUUCGAAUAUUUUUAAAAGAUAAAAAUAUCCUCAAAUCAGGCGGACUUGCCAUUCAUAAUUAUGGUAAUAAGCAAGAAGAGAUUGAUAAACUGUUAGAUGAAAUUUUAGAAGAUAGUGGUUAUAAAAAUGACAAGAAACUAAUUCAAUCUAAACUAUCAGUUUUACAAGGAGGUAUUCGUUCAUAUAAAGAUAGUUUAAAAGCAACCCUUACAGAUUUUACUGAUCUUCCAGAUCAAGAAAUUGUUCCAACUGAAUUAAAUUUUUUUCAAGGACUUGCUCUGAAUAAGUUUUUAAUUAUUAAAGAAGAUAAAUCCUGGUGGGAUUGGAAUGCAUUUGCCGUUGCAAUGAUAGAACUUGCCCAAGUCAUUGCCGGCGCAGUCUUAAUCUCAUUCGGUGCUGUUAAUAUAGGAGGUGCUCUAGUUGCCGAAGGCAUUUCUGAUAUGGUAUAUGCAACCAUGGCAGGACUAUCAGGCAAUUUUAGUUGGAGAGAUUGGGCAAUACAAAAGGCAAUUAGUUUUAGUAUUUCUAUAGCUACUGCAGGUAUCGGUAACAUCGCUGCUAAAUUAGGUUUAGUAUCUAGAGCGGCAUUAUUUGCGCAAAUACUUAAAGGAGCAGCAUAUGAGUUUGCUACUACUUGUUUAACUAACAUUUUAACUAAUCAAAUUAUGGAACAAGUUCAAGAAGGUGUUGUACAAAAGAUUGUUAAUGGGAUAGAAACAAAUUUUCUAGAAGAGAUCAAUCAAUCAAUAAGUAAUAAAUCAAAUGGAAAAAAUAUGAAAGGUACAUUAGGAAAAAAUACACUAUUACCAAAACAAUUCGAUAAUAUUCGAAUACAAGUUGUAUCUGCCUUAGAAAAUAGUUAUGAUCAGUUUGCAGAAGGUCUAAAUAAGUCAAGUUCGAAAUACGCUAAAAUGGCUGCUACUGCAAUUAAAACAACAGUUAUGAUAGAUCAAAUGUGGAGUUUAGUUCAAUCCGUUGUACGACUAAAUGACGCGAUAAGUACUAUUAAACAGAUUACUGAAGGUUCAAUUAAUACAACAAAUCAAAAUGCUCAGACCAGAGAAUUAAACGAUACACUUGUUAAAGCAAGAGCAGAUCAAUUGAGUAGUAUUCUUAAAGCACAUAUAUCACAAUUCUUAACGAGAGAAUUAGAUAGAGUAUUAAGACAAGUUAUUCGUGGAACAUUAAAAAAAGUUGGUCAAGCAGUUGUACAAAGUACAAAGAAUCAACAAGCUCAAACUAGUGUUGAACAACCUUCAUUGAAGCAGGAUUCUCAGAAAGACGAGCAAGAUAAGGCUAGAAGAGAAGAUCUACAAAAUAAUAUAAAGAAUCCUAAAAUAGGCAUGGAAAAUCAUUUAGAUGAAAUGAAAGAUAAAGAUAGAGGCUUGGGCAUUGUUGAUGUAAAAAUGCUUGUGAAUAGUGAAAGAAGAAAUCUAAUCCUUGUUGAUUCAGAAACUGGAAAAGAGCAAGUUAUAAAUCCUGAAGGACCAAGAAAAAUACCUGCCUUUUUUAAACAAUCAGCCAAGAUAAUGUUUAAACCAGAUGAAAAUGGAGAUAUUGGACAUUUUAUAACUGCUAGAGGUGAAGAAACAUAUAUACAAGUAAAUGGACGUACAGACUGUUUGUUAAUAGCUUAUAAUGAAUCCCUUGGUCGAAAAGUAGAUGAAGAUAUGAUAGAAAAUGAAAGAGAAAAGUUAGUUCAGUACACUGUUCAACAUUCAAAAACAUUUGAGAGAUAUAAAAAGAUCUAG